GGUACACACAUAUUUCAAGUGCAUUUAAAAUGUCUUAUCAUUUGAACAAUAUCAUUUGAUUAUUUGCAUUAACUUAUUAUCUAUACAACAUAUAUCAAUUCGUGUUUCUCGAGUUUGGACGAACUGGCAACCAAUUUUGAGAGUUGAGAUUAUUGGAUAAAGAUACUUGAUUGUCGGAUAAAUAUUUUAUCCCAAUUGACUAUCUUACUAAAAAUUGCCAACCUUUAAUUGGUAAAUGUCUAGGUUAGUAGAUGAUGAAACGCGAUGUUUAUCGUAGAUUCUCAACAAAGAUUAUCUAACCUUCAUUUAUGUUAUUUUUCAAGAAAUCUUGUGUCUCAUCCUAGGGUAUGAAGUCAAAGUUCGUCAACAAUCAUACUUAAGUCAUUUUGAAAAUUUUGAUUUAUAAUCAUUAACGAUAACCCCAAGUAUGAAAGAAAAUUUAUUAACGUACGACUUAGGACCUCAAUAGAGCUUGCUCAAUCAACAUGAUAUAGAACAAAUAUUAUUAAUGUGAACUUAGGACACAUUAUAAAAUUAUUGCACAUGCGAUUUCUCUUCAUUUGAGAAGUUUAAGGUAGAACAUGAUCUGAGGAAUAAUAAGUCAUUUUUAAAUAAAUAACUAUGACUACUUGAUCAAGAUUAUACUCUGACAUUUUGCUAAAUAAUAUUUUAUUUUAUUUUAUAGACAUAUAAUUUACGAAUAAGAGAGUGUUUCAUUGCAACAAAAUAUAAAGUAAUAUAGUUUAUUUUUCACAGGUAAUUGAAUGCCAAAAUUUUAUUUUCUCUCUUUCAUAUAAAUUUUUUUUAAUCGAAAAAAACAUUAUUGUUUAUGUGUAUGUUUGUUUAAUUUUUUCAUCAAAAUGUAACUUAUCAUUCAAUUUUAGUAAAAAUGAGUAAAAUUUUUACUUCAUAAGGUUUAAUCAUAUAUUUUUUAUUUAAAUAAAUGUGGUAUAUGUUACUUUCUGUUUUCUUUUUUCAUAUUUUUUUUACUGGAAAAAAUUAUUAUUAAUGUGUGUUUGGUUAAGUUUAUCAACAUGUAACUUAUUAUUAAAGAAAAAAAAAAUGGAUAAAAGAAAUGGAAAUAUUAAAGAAGAGAGAGGUAGCUCCAUAAAUACAUUAAUAACUAAUUUUUUAUUUGUUAACAAAUUGUCCAACUUGACAAAUUGUAGAUCCUCCAAGUGCUUAUGUGGCAAGAGAUUGUUUUUGAAUUGCCAUUAUAUAUAGUAUAGAUAGAUAUUUCUCGCUAUUAAUACCUUGAGAAUUGUAUUCUACAGGAGUACCAAUCUGACCCCCUCGUUCUACAAACCGCGCCUGAAUCCCAAAGCAGCGUGCAGCGACUGAUCCGGCGCCAUUAAUAAGAAAGGAAAGUUCGCAUUUCCCAAUCUGAGCCUUCCCUGUAAAUGGCGAGUCGAGAUAUACCUGCGUCCGUUCCUUCUUCAUCUUCUUCUUCGUUUGCCCAAUCGGGGGAAGAAGAUGAUCAGGCGCUAUACUACGGAGCCGAGUCGGGUUGGGUGGAGGCUCGAAAGUCCUGCAAUCACUUGGCUGCUUCACUCUCCCCUGAUCUCACUCACAUACCCAGUCCCGCUUCUUUCUGCAACAGGUGCGAGCAUCCAAAGGAGAACUGGCUGUGCCUGUCCUGUAAGGAAGUCCUGUGCAGCCGUUUUGUGAACAAGCACAUGCUGCAACACUACCAGCAGCAGACCAACCAUUGUGUGGCUCUCAGCUAUAGCGACCUAUCGGUGUGGUGUUUCGCGUGUGAAGCGUAUCUAGAUGCGACAGCAAUAGAGCAGCUGAGGCCUGUGCAUGAAACAGCUUACAUCUUGAAGUUCGGCGAGGCUCCUCCAUUCAUCCCGGGAGGCGUUCCUGCCACAGAGGGAACAACUUCUUCUGGGACGAGUUGAUCUUCAUCUUGCUUGCCAAGUCUUCUGUUGUUUUCUCUUUCUUUUGAUAUGUGGAGUGUCAAGGGUUUUACUUUUGUCUGCUACAGUUCUGAAGAUCGUGUUGGAUGUGCAUUAUGAUCUAGUUACAAACACAGUGGCCGAAUGAUUACAUGGGGCUAGUAGCAAAGUACCUGAUUUCUUCUGGACAUAAUAAACCUUGGUAUAAUCU